GGUCGACCAAAAAACGUUCCUGAAUUUUUUCACUGCCGUUUUAUUCAGUAAAAAAAGUUCCAAUUGAAAUUGAGUUAAAACAAUAAUAUUAAAUAGAACAUAUUCUUAAAGAAAAUGUGUUUUUCUUCAUAUUUGUAGUACUCAUUAAGGAGUUUUGUUUUUCCUUAGUUCGUGAUUGGUCGUACAGCCACGGCUCACGAACAUCUACGUAUAGUUGUGUUGUUUACUGUAGUUGCGAUGCUAGCUUACCAGAUACGCAAUGUCUAGUUCUGCUGGAAAGACAUUCAAAUUGUGUAUUGUUUUAUUCGAGAAGUACAUUUAGGUUCGCCCAGCUAUAAGACAACGUAAUUGUCUUGCCACAGUAACGUUUGAGGCCAAGAUGAUCGAGGUGGUGGCCUCCAUGGCCCGAGGCCCCGUGUUUCUCGCCGGGGAGCUCAUGGAGUGUCUCAUAACAUUCACCAACCCAAUGUCCCACCUGUCCACUUCUGCCAGCUGUGAGAUGCUGGCAUGGGCCAGUGCUCAGAUCCACUGCCAGUUUCAUGCAAGUGAGAGCAGAGUGGCACUUCCGGCCCAGGGCAACAAACAGGAUGUCCAGGCCGAGAGUAACACCGUGCUUAUUCCAAGCAGAGGAGAGCGAGGUCAGUGUGUGCUGGACACACCACCCAAGAUCUUAUUCUGUGAUCUGCGCCUGGACCCCGGGGAGAGCAAAACUUAUUCAUACAGUGAGAUCGUACCCAUAGAUGGUCCCCCUAGUUUCCGUGGUCAGGCGGUGAAGUACGUCUACAAACUGACCAUCGGCUGCCAGAGAGUCAACUCUCCCAUCAAGCUGCUCAGAGUUCCCUUCAGAGUGCUGGUUCUGCAUGGCAUGCCAGAGCCUCCAUUUCCCCAGGAUGAGGAGGUCUCCCCCUCCAACCCUUUCCUGGAGGAAGAGGAAGCGAGCCGCAGGGAUGCUCGGCCUUUAGAGAGAGCGCUGGACAUGCUGAUGGUCACCACCUCAAGACGCUGCCCCCACAUGUUCAAUAUCACCAACAUGCGUGGGAAAGUGGCAAAGUUCUGCAUCUUCAAGACUGUUUACAGACUCGGGGAGGACAUCAUCGGCACAUUCAACUUCUCAGAGGGAGACAUUCCCUGCCUGCAGUAUUCAGUGAGCGUUCAGAGUGAGGAGGAGAUCCAGGAGCACUACCAGCGGCGCCCAGGACAGGUCAUCAGUGUGACUGGACACGGGCGACACAUGGAGUCCUGCCUCCACACCGCCUCCAGCCACUUCUCUCUCCCCAUCCCCCUCAACGUCACGCCGGGUUUCAGCACAGACAUAGUGAUGCUGAGGUGGCGCCUUCACUUUGAAUUUGUCACUGCCCGGGAGCCUAUGGAGCCGCCCACAGUUCUGCAGAACCAAUCGGAGGUCACGGUUUGGGCCGGGGCGGAGCAUGUCGACGUGGAUACCUUCAGCUGGGAUCCUGCCUAUCAAGGUUUUGCCCACCAACCCGGCCUUGGCAUCCUACAUGUCCCACUUUUCAGGGACCAACAGCAUUAAUAUUUGACUCUUUUGUGUGUGUGUGUGUGUGUUUGUGUGUCUGUGUGUCUGUGUGUGCACAUUUCAGGAUCAAAGGAGCAUUCUUUUUUAGUUGUUUCCAUUGUAUAUGCAGAGCCCGUGUUGGAUUCCAUAUGUAUAUUAUGCAACCUAUGUUUUGCCUUUUCUAUAUGCAUUUUGCAGUACAUCCUAACUUUGAGUACAUUUCUCUUCGUGGACCUUUAUGACGUGCAGCUAUCUCCGUGGUUUCUGUAUUUAUUUAAGUUUUUCUCGCACACUUGCUCUCAUUUUAUGAAACAACUGUUUCUUAUUCCAAAAACUGUUUUUAACUGUAUUUCUGUUCGCUUGAGCAAAGGCUGCAUCGAGAUGUAAAUACUACGAGAGAAAAAUGUAUUAAAAGUGUGAUUUAAAUUUGAUAGAUUUCAUGUGAGGGAGUCAUUCAUUACAACAAACCAACAUCCUUUUCUCUUCGUGAACAAUAUUUUUAUUUGAGUUACAGCAGAGAACAGGCCAAAUUCAACAGGAAUUGUUAUAUACUGUAUAUAUAUAUAUUAAUGUACGUAUAUAUUUGCUUAUAUUUACAAUAAGUCAUUGUUGGAUUAAUUAAAAUGAAGGUUCAUCUGAAGAUUGAUGCCUAAAGUUGUUAACAUUUGGUGCUCAGUGUUUUCUCUGCUGGUAUUUUUAUUAAAUAUAUUUUCACAGA